AUGCUUGUAUCCUUUCUAAUUUAUUUGUCACGUAGCAAAGAGAUAACAAUAGUCAGUGAAACAGGUCUAAACUUUAAUCAAGUUUAUAACGCAACAGCUGGAUUUUAUGUUUACUAUCCAAAUUCUGGAAAUUGUUGGGAUCGUGGCAUUUGCGUUAUAAAAAAUGUCUACGGAGGAACAAUCCCAUACAGGUGGUCUGGAACAUUCAAGACCGACUUUGAUAUUCUUUAUAAUGGUGAAUGGACAACAUACCGAAGAACAGGCUGGUGGCCAGUUUUUGAAGUCGAUAACAAUGGAGUUCAAAUUCCAAUCCAAGGUGUCUUCGGUGGUGUAGCAAAGUCUUCUGGUGUUCAAGUACGAACAAAAGUUUCAAAACCGUUUGAAGAUCUUGGACGUGCAUCCAAUUUCUUACUAAUCGAAUUCAUGGCAAAAUGCAUUGAUGGAUAUCCACAUAAGAUUUCAAUUGCCACUUAUGCAGAUAUUAUGAUUAGAGCUUCAGAUAAUGCCGAUAUUGUAUGGUAUGGGGAACCAGGACAGAAAAGAGGUUUCACUAUGUAUGAUAUAAUGAAUACAGGACGUAUUUUCACAGUUAUUACAAGACAAGCAUAUGGAGUUAAUGAUGUCGACAAUUUAUGGUUUGGCAAUUGGGAUUGGCGAGGAAAUCUUCAUUAUUGGGAAGAUAGAAGACCAAAUGAAGGAAACUUCACAAAUCAUAUAGAUUCUGCUUUUUCACUUGGUUGGAAGAAUCGCGAUCUCUAUCCUGAUAAUGGAGAAGUUUCCUUUGGUGUUCUUCUUGGAUUAGGAAAGGGAAUUGUAAAACCCCCAAGAGUUGAAGUUGAUGAAACAAACUUUAAACAUCUUUAUAAACCCAAAGAAAAAAUCAGUAUCGAUAUCAAAGUUUACGAUGAAGAUAGACUUUAUAACAGUACUCUUUAUUACAAUUUCAAUGGAAAGAAUAAUAAUUUUACAAAUGUAACCUAUGGGAAAACGUACACAAUAAAUAAUAUCACACUCGGAACUACUGGAAGAUAUUCAUUUUAUUGCUAUGCAAAAGACACUGCAGAUUUAGUUUCCAAUAAUUACACGAGAGACUUUUUGGUAGAUGAAGCUCCAAUUUUGACAAUUCUUAAUGGUCUUGCAGAAAAAUAUACCGAUUCUGCUUCUUUCAUCGUUCAAGGAAAGGUUUGGGAUGACACAUGGGCAGAACUUAAAUUCAGAGUUGAUAAUAGCUUCUACUUCAGAAUUGAUAAUGGAUCACGAUUAAAUUGCUAUAGAUCAGAAAAACCAUUUUUGAAAGAAUUUAGUCUUCGCACCGAAGGAGUUCCAUAUGGAUGGCAUAGACUUUACAUCUGGGCAGAAGAUGAAUAUGGAAUUAAAUCUAAUGAAUAUGAACAUCGAUUCGAAUAUGUCAAGAUGAACCCUCCAAGUUUGGAAAUCGUUCCAAAUAAUUAUCCAACGGAAUACUACUAUGAUCGAGAAAUCGAAAUUGAGUUAGCAUAUUAUGAUAAAGAUGUUGGGGAUACUUAUACAAUUUUCUACAGACCACCAACACUUGGCGAUUUGGAAUCUGAUAUUCAAUUGUAUUCCAAUGUUUCUGAUGGCCAGCGGAGAAAAAUGAAUUUCACAUACAAGGUUCCAAGGUUAUCAGAAGGUUCACACUUUAUCAAAUUCAUCAUCAAAGAUGACAAAGGUCUUUCAUCACCUUAUAAAACGUUUAAUUUCACAAUGAAGUAUUAUCCUAUUGCUACUGCUACAAUACCAGAACCAUGGAAUCCACAAACAGUUGAUCCAAGCUACACAGGAGCCCAAACACAUUCUGAGACUUUCUUUCAUUCAUGCACUAUUGUUUUAGACAGCAAUGGAAAUGAUGCUUACUCAUGCACAAUAACAACGACAUAUAUCUUUGUUGAAACUAAUGCAAAGACACCAACACCAUCAGCAUCAACAAUUGAUAAUGGUGCUUUCAUAGAGUCAGGAGGAGGAAAAAGUAAUAAUAAAAAGAAGAAUAUUUAUCUCAUCAUUGGCGUUGCUGCUGGAAUUGUUGCGUUGGCUGCAAUCAUCGCAGGUAUUAUUAUUGCAAAGGAGGCUGCAAAGCAUGCUGCAGAGUUUGAAUUUGAUCCAGAGAAGGGCGAGUUCAUUGAAGAUCCUGGAGUUAGCCAAGAAAAUGAUAACCCAAUAUAUGAUGAAAACGCUAAUGAUGAUCCAUUCAAGAACGAUUUCGAUGAACAGCCAGAAGAAGCAAGUAAUUUAAUGGAGUAA